CAUGGCUAGUGAUUUUAGUGUUGGCGUGAUAUUGCCGGCUAGUGGCACAGGGGAGAGAAUGGGGUUGUCACCACCAAAACAGUUUUCAGAAAUGUUCGGGAAACCAAUAUUUUUCUACUCGAUUUACUGUUUUCAUAGAUUUGACUGGGUGAAGACCAUCAUGCUGACGGUGUCUAAAGACUACAUCGAUGGUGUUCGUAAACUUGUCGCUGACUAUAACCUUAAUAAGGUGACUGUUAUUGAAGGUGGUAUGACCAGACACAGGUCUAUAUUCAAAGGAAUCCAAGCGUUUUCAGCUCGGUCACCACCUGAUGUUUUGAUCAUCCACGAUGCUGUCCGUCUGUUCGUCACAAACGAGCUGGCUAGGAACGUCGUUUUGUCAGCUAAGAAACAUGGUGCUGCUGGUGUGAUGAGACCGCUCGUUUCGACUGUGAUUGCGAUAGAAUCGAAUUUCCUCGAAGAAUCUCUGGACAGAAAUCGUUACUGGGCGAGCGAGAUGCCGCAAGCAUUUCAAUUUGAUGUCAUCAAGCGGGCGUAUGAACAGAGCACGGACUACGACUUUGACUACGGCACAGAGUGUUUGUUGCUGGCCACCAAGUACACCGGAGUUAAAGCUCACAUAUUGGAAGGAUCGGACGACCUCUGGAAGGUCACUUACAUAAAGGAUUUAUAUGCAGCUGAAGGAAUGUUAAAAGCGCAUUAUAUACAGGUUCAGCUGUUUGGGACAGAAUCAUCUCACCUACUUGUUUUACAUCUGGAAAAACAUCUCAAAUCCAGGAGAAUUCAGGUUUCCUCAGCUACCGGUAACAAUGUCGUUACUCCCAGUGGGAACACGUUUGUAUUUUUGCACCGAAAAAUCUCAAAAGAUAUUGGUCAACAGACCGACAUGGUGGUAAAGUCGCUGAAGUGUAAAAACCAUAUCCCCGUGCUGAACUGUGUGGUAAUUCAUGUGUUCACUGGAGUCGACAAGUCCACGUGCGAUGUGUCUAAACUUAACACGUACCUGUCAGGCUUGUCGAACACGUACCAACAACAGAAUGUCUCCAUCUACAGUUUACUUGCUUAUAAGGACAGCCGACUUGAUGAAAUCUCCCCACUGGUGACCGAGUUGAUCUGGGAGAGGAAGUCUGUGUUUUCAGGACAGUUGUACAUUGUCGGAAGCUGAUGUCAUUCAUUUUCAUUUCAUUUCAACAUAUUUUUGUGCUUAUAUCCAAUUAAGUGCCUGCUACACGAUACGAUAGAAUCAGACCGAGUUACUCGUAUGAGUCACUGGCACGAGUCGUUCGGAUCGAUUGAAUCGGACGUGUUGCCACACGGUACUUGUCAAUCGUAUGAAACGUGACGUCAUUGAAAAAAUAUCCUUCCUGUAACCAUGGUAAACAAUGUUGUGUAUUGAUAAGAAGGCGGCUGUCGUAACGUCUCUGUAUUUAUAUAAAUGACUGGACACAUCCCACAAAGAGUUGUGCCACUGAUACAGCUCUAUGAGCUGUUGGGUCUGUACCGACGACAAGUAAACAGAGUUUUUCGCCAUUACACUCAGAACGUCAACGUUAUCUUCGCCACGAUCUGAUUGGUCAAUGUCCCCAAACGUCCGAUUCAAUCGUAUGAAAAUAGAACGAGUUCUAAACUUCGACUCAUACGAGUGACUCGGGCCGAUUCAAUCAUGACAUGCCACACAUAACGAUAUGCUUGUUGGCGUUGCAAUCCGAUUGACUCGUACGAGUCACUCGUAUCGUGUAGCAGGGCCUUUAAGGUUAAAGCGCACUGUCAUGGGCACACACCUCAGCUAUCUGGGCUGUCUGUCCAGGACAGUGAGUUAGUUGUUAGUGGUUAGUGAGAAAUAAGA